AUGCCCCCUCGAAGAAGAGCUGCUGCUGCUGCUGCUGCUGCUGCUGCUCCUCCUCCUCCAGCUGCUCCCACAGUCCCGCCGCUGGACGGCUGCGUCAUCGCCAUCAGCGGCAAGUUCGACGCCUCCAAGCACACCCACGCCUCUCUCGAGCAGCUCAUCCGCUCCCUGGGCGGCAGCGUCACCAAGAGCGUCGCCAAAACCACCACCCACGUCGUCUGCUCCGAGGACGAUUACAACAACGACUCGGCAAAGGUCGCGGCUGCCAAGGCCAAGGACUUGCCCAUCGUCAGCGUGGAGUGGAUUCAGGAGGCGGAGAAGCUGAACAAGGCAGUCGAUCCUCAGCCGUAUGUCUGGGGAAGACCUAAAGCUGCCGCUCCACAAGUCAAUAGCAAGAAGCGGCGUCUCGUGGAGUCGAUGAGCGAUGAAGAUGAAGAGCCCCAGCGCAAAAGAGUCAAGAUCGACACCUCCAACCCCAAGCCCCAAGGGGCAAAGACCAAGGCAAAGGCAGACGCUGCGCCCGAACCCGAGACCAGAGAAGAGAAGCAGGUCGCCGAGGGCCAGUUCAUCAAGAAGAAGGAUGCAGCCAUCCCGGUGGACGAGCACUGCCCGCUCCUCUACAACCAGGUGCACAUCGACCCCGAUACCGGGCUGAUAUACGAUGCUUCUCUCAACCAGACCAACGCAUCCGCCAACAACAACAAGUUUUACCGCAUCCAGGUCUUAUACGACGCCAAGUCAAAGCAGUACAAGACUUGGACACGCUGGGGCCGCGUCGGAGAAGUCGGCCAGAGCGCCAUCCUCGGCAACGGCACCGCCGCAGAUGCAAUCAAGAACUUCGAAAAGAAGUUCAAGGACAAGUCUGGCCUGGCCUGGGAGAACAGGGGCGACAACCCGAAGCCGGGCAAGUACGCCUUUGUCGAGCGGAGCUACAAUCCAGACUCGGACGACGAAGACGACGAGGCCGAUGACAAGGCCGUCAAGAAGGAGAACGACGACGAAGAAGAGGUCAAGCCCGCGGAGUGCACUCUUCCGCUCGAGGUCAAGUCCCUCAUGGAGCUCAUCUUCAACCAGCAGUACUUCCAGGCCACUAUGACUGCCCUGAACUACGACGCGAACAAGCUCCCCCUGGGAAAACUCAGCAAGGCCACCAUUACGCGCGGUUUCCAGCAGCUCAAGGACCUCGCGGCGUUGAUGGACGACGCCAGCCUGGCAGCGAGCAGGUGGAACACGACCGUGGCCCGGGCCACCGAGAUGCUCUCCAACAUGUACUACUCCAUCAUCCCCCACGCCUUUGGCCGCAACCGCCCCCCCGUCAUCAGGGACAACGUCAUGCUCAAGAAGGAGAUUGAGCUGUUGGAGAGCUUGUCCGACAUGAAGGACGCCGCGGACAUCAUGAAGCUCGACCGCAAGUCGACAGACAACAUCCACCCCCUCGACAAGCAGUUCCAGAGCCUGGGCCUCAACGAAAUGACCGUCCUCGACCACGGCAGCAGCGAGUUUGAGUACCUCGAGGCCUACCUCCACGGCUCCCGCGGCGAAACCCACGGCCACAACUACAAGGUCCAGGAGAUUUUCCGCAUCGAGCGGCAAGGGGAAAACAUGCGCUUCGACGACUACGUCGAGAAGAGCAAGAUUGGCGAGAACCGGCGCCUCCUCUGGCACGGCUCGCGCGCGACCAACUUUGGCGGCAUCCUCAGCCAGGGAUUGCGCAUCGCGCCCCCGGAAGCGCCCGUCUCGGGAUACAUGUUUGGCAAGGGUAUCUACCUCGCCGACAUGUCGUCCAAGUCGGCCAACUACUGCUGCUCGUACAUCUCCGGCGGCCAGGCCCUCCUGCUGCUGUGCGAGGCCAAGCUGGGCGAUCCCAUGCAGCAGCUGACGAAUGCGAGCUACGACGCCGGCAGCAGUGCCAAGAAGGGCGGCAUGGAGAGUACCUGGGGCAUGGGCAUGACGGCGCCGCCCAAGUGGAUGGACGCCGGGGUGGUGCACGAGAGCCUCAAGGGCAUCCAAAUGCCCGAUAUCAACGAAAAGCCGUGUGCGACGAAUGUGGACGGCGCAUAUCUGCAGUAUAACGAGUUUAUCUGCUACGACGUUGCGCAGGUGAAGCUGCGCUAUCUCUUCCGCGUCCAGAUGUAA